GAAGGGAUAUCGAUCGAUCUUUUUACAAAUAUAAUAAGGGUCUAUACCUUGGAUGUCAACACCAAUACUAUCAUUUGUCAAGAGAUUCUUAAUUGUACCUCGGCUACACAGAUUCCUUCACCACUUCUUCCCGGACUUGUGUUGAGUAUGCAAUACGUCCUCUGA